AAUAUGAGCAUCAGAUAAUAUGGCUUAUUGCUUUCGUUGUAGUACGUAAAGUAGUACUCGGUAUUAGUUAUUGGUUUAGACAUUAGAUAUCCACUUAGUGUUUUCUACAUAUGAUAUCCACCAUAUAUGAUAUCCACCAUAUAUCUUCCUUCAUACUACGUAUUUAAUUUCUAAAUCCGUGUUCUUCUUUACUUCUUUAUUUUAUGAAAUACUUCUCAUACCUUUAAAUGAAGAGUUUAUCAAGAUUGAAGAGAAGAACAUAUUGAAGGAUGAUUUCUUGGAGAUUUUUGAGCAGAUUCGUGCUGAUAACGUGUUGUGAAAUGAAGAAGAUGCAGAAUAGAUUGAAGAGAUAGAUAUAUUAAUAAUAACCUCUAAAUAACUUUUCUUAAUCUCUGAAAUUUCUGAGUUUCUCAAUUACAUUUACAAAGGAUUGAGCACCCUAUUUAUACUAGUUGGCUAGGAGAUGAAUCAUCAAAGAAUGAUUCUACAUAAUUUGUUGGCAACAUUAAACCUAGCCAUCUGUCUAUUACAAGGACUAGAAUUGGAUUAGUGUCCUGAUGACAAGGAUGAAUAAUUCACACCUGUAAUUCCCAUGAUUUUACAACAAUAAUAACUUUAUUAAGUGGUCAUAUUUUUAAAAUAGUCAUAAAAUGUGUCAGUCGUCAGGAGUUGCUCCGGCGCCUGUUUCUCAGUCUGUUAUGUCCUUGCAGGCUUACACCAGAGAACACAAUACGCUACUGAAAGAUUAAAUGAUGUAAGGCGGGGAAGAUAACAAAAGAAGAAACCAUUAACAGCCACCCUUCACAGCCACCCCGUCUUAUUUCUCUUCGUCGCUGUCUCUGAUUACGCCACCUCCAUCCCCUUCCCGCUUCCACUACUCGAUCAUACAUAUAUAUAAUGGCCGAUAAAUAUGGUCCCAAUGAUGAUCAUGAGGUGCACAUUUCUACGCGUACUAAGGAAAGGAGGGGUCGCAAAAAGAAGAAUGGUAAGAAAAUAAUUGAAUGGGGAUUUAAUAAGCAAGCAGUUGGUAAAUGGGCCGAAGAGUUCAAGACUUUCACCGGAAAGCUAGUUCGUGCUCAUGUGAACAUUAAUAUCAAAACCUGGAAAGAAGUUCCAACAUCAUUGAAAGAACAUAUGUGGCGCGAGAUACGGCGUGAUUAUUUUAUCGAAGAUCGUAUGAAAAAAGUGAUUUACUCAAAGUUGGCUAAGCUUCAUCGAGAUUGGCGCAAUAAAAUGAGAACCGGAUAUGUCUAUAAGACUAGGCCAGUGGGACAGAAAAAUGGCGAGGCUUAUGACAAAUACAAAGACCAAAUCACAAAAGAACAAUGGGAAGAGUUUAUGGCUAGGAGUAUGACUUCGGAGUUUAAGACUUUAAGCGAGAAGAACAAACAAGCUGCCUUAAUGAACGAAUACAACCACCAUAUGGGUCGAUCAGGAUAUGCAUUAUCCAUCCCCAAAUGGAAAGAGCAAGGCUUGUUAGAUCAUUUUAUGCCUGCCUCUGAGGUAGUGUCUACCAAUUCGAGUGAGCAAAAUGCCGACAAGUAUCCUAGACAUGUGUACUGGUUUUGUGGGAGAGCAAACUUGACCCAAGAUGGACAAUUGAACUUCCCGGGUAAUAGUGAAGGCAUGUGGGCAAAAAAAGAGAAAUUAAAAAAUGUGCAAGAGGUAAUGGCUGCGGGUACGUGGGCUCCGAAUGGGCGCCAUGAUAUCUUGUCUGAGGUCAUUGGCCAGCCUGACCAUCCAGGACGCGCACGAGGUGUUGGUGGUGUUGUGGGCUAUACUCAUUUAUUUGAGCGAGAGUUGAGAAGUGCAUGCCCUGAGAAAAAGAAUAAUUUAAAUGAUGAGCAAUUAAAGCUUUUGCAAGAGAAAUGGCGAAAAGAUAUGGAUGAGUUCUUUACUGCGCGAGGUUUUCAGGCUCGUUUCACUUCUACCUCAGUGCACUCUGAGUCUGUGGGUUCUCCAUCACCAUCAAUUCCACACAAAAGUUUCAAAGAUGGUACAUCAUGUCAAGUGUGUGUAGAGUCGAGUACAUAUGCGGAAGAUGAGACCUUAGACACUGUGGCCCGUGCGUUGGCUUACAAUCCAGGUCCCGAAGGCACUUUGUGUGAUGCUCCCAUUUCAGGGAGCACUGUGAGAGUGAAAAUCUCUAUGGUAUGUGAUGGUUUUGAUCAGUGUCUGCUUCCCAUUCCUAAUGGUAAUGCACAAAUCACUGUUCUGGCCGAUGCUAUUGGUACCUUUGUUCAAUGGCCAGCUCACUUGGUAGUUUUUGGUGGAGAGGAACCACUGCCACUGAAGACAGUGAAGAGGGAUAACAAAAAGAAACCAGAGAAACCAUUUGUUCCAAGACAGCCCCCUAGAGAGAUGUAUUCUAUCACUACAUAUCCACUUGUCAACGAUGAUACUUUAAAGACACUCAAAGGCGAUAUGUUGGAGAUGCAUGAGACAUUGAAGUACUUUAAACCUGAGUUUUGUAAGUUUUCAUUACCUCAAUCCUCAGAGUUGUUCCACUACAACUCAGUUGAUGAUAUGUUUGGCUCCGUCAUUGAGCGUAAGGAUAUAAAGGAGUUCUUAGAAUGUGACAGCAUCAAUAUGAGUAUAAUAUUAGCUUUUCUAGUUUGUCUAAAUGCAAAACUGGAAGAAGUUGAUGUUGAUGGUAUUGCCUUCUUGUGUCCAUCAUUAUGCUCUUAUGCUUCUUUUGAAAGGGAUAUGGAAGGCGUUACAUCAUAUCUAGUGCAAAAUAUGAAUGAUCUUUUUCAUAAAAGGUUGAUUGUUCUUCCAUAUAAUCAAAGAGAUCAUUGGCUAUUGGUCGUUAUUUGUCCAAGUGUGAACAAGUGCUAUAUCCUUGACUCUCUCCCGGGAGAAUGCGAUAUGAGUUGCUUGAAGAAAAAGUUGUCAUUAGCAUAUAAGGUUGCUUCUGUGCACUAUGGGAAUGGGAAGUCAACCGAAUGGCAAUACCUUAAGUGUGCAAGACAAAUAGGGAGGGCAUCAUGUGGGUAUUAUUUGAUGCGCUUCAUGUGGGAAGUGUGUUUCUCAUUACAAGGUAGCGACGAUAUUGGAAAGGACUGGAUAUCAAGAGAAGAACCGUAUUCAAUCGUUGAAAUUGAUGAAAUGCGUAAUAUGUGGUGUAGGCAUUUUCUAGAUAUUAUUAUGGAACUUUAGACUGGAUUUAGCCAUGCGAACAAGACAUGCAUAUGUAGUAUGAUCCAUUUGGUUUAGUAGCAUGUACUAUGUGUCUGCUAUGUUAAUUGAUUGGUACAUAGGGCAGUGUUGUCCCCUUGGGAAUCUGUUAUAUAUAUAUGACCAUGUACUAGCAUAAUGUAUGAAAGGGUUCGUUUGUUCAUGCAUAUUACACUUGGCUCUUAUCCAAAAUUCCAAAUCUAAUGGAAAUAUUUAAAGCUCAGUUGCCAAGUUUUUCUGUUUUAUUAGUUAACAUUUUUAUCAAAUAUAGUUUUUUAUUUUGCG